GCGCUCUCUUGCAGUUACUUUCCAUCCAGGUUUCGGAGCAGCCGCUGAGGCAUCACCCCACUAACGUUUUGUGUGUGUGUGUGUGUGUGUGCGGGUGUUUUUUCGGGACGGAUCUGCUAAAGGGAAGCCGCAGCCAGCUCGUCUUUGGGGAUCCUCUUUAGUAUGAGAACUUCCAUUCCAGCUCCUUUGAUUUCUUUCAUUCUCAUAUUUGAUCAUUUUCUUCAUUUUGACCAUCCGACCUCAUUGUUUCGCCCUUCUCAUUUUUCUGCUGCUGUCACCCACAGUUUGUUGCUCACCACCACCUCCACCACCAGCACCAGCUGAAAGGGGAAUAUCUCACCAUUCCACCUUCAGACAUCACUCCUUUUUCUCUGCUGCUGCUGCUGCUGCUGCUGCUGUUCUGGAUUUCGGCGUGCACUGCUGGACUAUAACGCAGGGGGAUUUAUAUUUGUAUUGAUUUCCAUCUGCCGCCCGGUCCACAGCGGACACCAGCACUUUUUUUUUUUUCUCACUGAGGGAUGUACUACAGCGGGGUGAAGUCUGCGCUCUGAACAGGGGAGAAUAUAAACGCACUGUCCGCUGAAUGAACUGCUGCCGUGCGCCUUUGGUUUUUUGGAGCAGGUCUCUCAUCUGGAGAUGCUCUAGUACGUCUGGUUUGUGGUCCGUGCGCAUCCCUACUGGAUCGGGAUAUAAGGUGAAGAAAUUGCCACCGUCAGCCCUUUCUGGAGCGCGUGUCCUCUGAUUUAUAUAUAUAUAUAUAUAUAAUAUUAUUUUUUUGUGGACAUUUUUGGUUAUUUGUGAGAAGGAUUGUGCACCCACACCGGAGGCGCGCAGGCUAACCAUGGGGGACUCGAUGUGGAGAUAUUAUUUUGGAGUUUUGUUUAUUGCCUUCAAAGUGGACUUGUGCCGGGCGCUCAUCCUGGAGUCCAUCUACUGGAACACAACAAAUACCAAAUUCGUGCCAGGCCAUGGCGUGGUAUUGUACCCCCAGAUCGGGGAUAAGUUGGACAUUGUGUGCCCCCGCGUGGACGGCGGGGUGCUCGAUGGCGUAGAGUAUUACAAGGUGUACAUGGUGCCCAGGGAGCAGCUGGAGAGCUGCACCAUAACCAAGGCCGACACGCCGCUCCUCAACUGCGUCAAGCCCGACCAGGACGUCAAGUUCACCCUCAAGUUUCAGGAGUUCAGCCCAAAUCUAUGGGGCUUGGAGUUCUUCAGGGGGAGAGACUACUACAUCAUCUCUACAUCUAAUGGUACCAUGGAGGGCAUCGACAACCAGGAGGGGGGAGUGUGCAAGACCAAGUCCAUGAAGAUAAUCAUGAAAGUGGGACAAAAUCCCUCUGACCCUUCUCCACCCAAAGACAAGCCCACCAAACUACCCUUCCCUCCCAAGAACGACGGCAAGGAAAGCUACAACCCUAAUGAAGUCCUGGAGAAACCAGGUGUAGCACCCAGAGAAAGCGAGAACGAGAACGGCGGAAAGUCUUCAAGCGCCAUCGGCUCCGAGGUGGCCAUCUUCGUCGGCAUCGCUUCGGGCAGCGUCAUUUUCAUCAUCAUCAUCAUCAUGCUGGUGCUGCUGCUGCUCAAAUACAGGCGGCGGCACCGUAAGCACUCGCCACAGCACGCGGCCACGCUGUCUCUAAGCACCUUGGCCACGCCCAAACGGAGCGGAGGCGGCGGGAACAAUAACGGCUCGGAGCCCAGCGACAUCAUCAUCCCGCUCAGGACUGCUGACAGCGUCUUCUGCCCGCACUAUGAGAAGGUCAGCGGCGACUACGGCCACCCGGUCUACAUAGUUCAGGAGAUGCCGCCUCAGAGCCCGGCCAACAUCUAUUACAAAGUCUGAGGUUGGAACUUUUUAAACGCAAGAGACAAACUGGAACAAACCUGGGGCAGCGGGUUUUUGGUUUUCGCCUGGCGCCGCCAGCAUGCCCGCAAACGCUCUCGCUGUUUCUCUCUCUGUCUCUCUCACUCUUGUCGACUCCUCCUCCUCUCCUCUGAUGUUUUGUCACUAUUUUUUUUUUCUUUUUCCUUUCUCGAAGUUUUGCUGAUACCUUGUCGCUCUGGUUUGGUCACAGUUGUUGUGGACGGGGUGGGUUAGGAGGGCCGGAGAGAAAGCUGCUGCUGCCCACUGCUGCUGCUCUCUGGGGAAACAAAGAGGACGAUCUCUUCUUUCCCCCCAAAUGUUGCUCCCUUGUUUUGUCUCGUGCACUGCGGCCAGCAUUUUAGGGGGAACUGAAUGUCGAGGGAUCAGAAAGUUAGACAGAUGCACAUUUUUGUUUUGUUUUUUUUCUCGGAUUUGAUGGACAGACGGAUGUAUGGACGUGAAGGUUUCCUGGCCAGAGAGGAGGGGAAGGAAUUUUUUUUUUUUUUUUUGGCCUCACCUUAAAGAGAGACUACUGCUUGGAAAAAGAGAGGGAAAGAGACAAAAAAAAAGACGAGUGAGGAGGAGAGGUAAAAGGAGAAUAUGGGCUGACCCAUGAACUCACAAAAUGGCUGCCCCUCCCUUGAUGCUUACUAGCCAGAGAGACUCUGUGGAUUUACCAGCUGGACGAGGAAAAAGGAGAGAGAUUCUCACGCCGAUCCUCUCUGGGACUUUCCUGACUGACUCACGGAGAUCACCCAUUCACCCGUGCCACCCACAUCCUCACCAUCACAUAUACACACAUUCACCCACACGCACAGACACACCGUCUCACCGGUCAAUGUGAACUGUUUGGGUUUAAGUGUGGAUUUCUCCUCAUUCCCAGAUAUGGUUUCACUUCUUUCAGAUGUUACUUGAAGGUUUUGAGGUUCUUUUUUUUUUUUUUGUACUGUCAACAUUUACUGAUCUUGUUUUUGGCCGUAUCUGGUUUUCAUAUCCUGGUGUCCUUCAAAUGCAUAGACUUUCUUUUCCUUUAGUGACAUAUCGUAUGUGACGUUCAAACACACAACAGUGGCUAAGAGUGGCGAGAGUGUGAAAAAGAAGGAGUGAGGUUUUUUGUUUUUAUUUUAUUUCAUUUUUCAAAUUUUGCGCCCUCUCGUAAAGGGAACGGGGGCGGGGGUGGAGGGGGGGGGGGCAUGUCAGGUCUGCCCAGGUGGCUCCUGGGAAGAGUGGAGGACUUUCAUAUACAUAGAGCAGCACUUUUAACCCCCAUUUUUGGUACCUCCACUCUUCACAGCAGUCAGAGAGAGACACAGUGAUAGCUAGACAUGGGAGAGCGGCUGUAUCCCGUCAGAUGUAGUAAUGAGGGCUCGCCUCAACUUCUCCAGAACCUGGGCUUUUCACACGGGCAGAUGUUUUGGGGCAAUAAGAAAUCCGACUCGCCUUACUGCCGCUUUUCGCAUCAGGUGAAGAAGAGGCCCAAGAUCUAGUUGAGGUUAGCAUAGCUGGCUGAAACAGCUCUAGGUACUGUAACGUUUACCCCUAGGGGUCCAGUGAUGAUUAAGGGUGCCCUAAGGCACCAAAAUCACCGUGACCGGUGCUCUCCUAUUCUUGUUUUUCAAAAAAAAAAAAAAAAAAAAAAAGCACAGGGACAUCUACUUACAUUGUCACUGUUUCUCAAUCUCCAUUAGCAUUUCCAUAUUGUGAUUCUUUCAUUUACUUUUUUUUUUUUUUUUUUUACAAAAUAGAUGUACAUUUAAAAAAAAGGACAUUACAAAGAUGAAAAAUUAAAAAAAAAAGCAGAAUUUAUUUAUGAUAGACACAUAGAGCACAGGUGUUGUCAGGCGGUAUGGAGAGGAAGAAGAAGAAGAAGUAAUGUUAAUAUAUUAUGGUAUAAGUGCACAUUAUGCAAUCUAGGUUUUUGAUUAUUUGAUAUCUCUCGACCCACUGAGUCACGAGCUCUCGUCCACAGGCGCAGGGCUCAGUCCUGGGAAGAAGGAACCAGGGGAGGGCAGCCUGGGCCCCGGCCCCCGAGGGGAGUAGAGUUAUCUGACCCAAAAUAGCUCACAUUGGUGUACACAAGGGCAGAGUAGCUGUGUCUCCCACACUCACUCAGUGUAGCAUCUCCCAAAGGAUAAUUCCCAUAAACACCCCAGUGCCCCCCGAUUCUCCUCAUCCACACCCUUCAUGUUCUCUGUGCAUGUGUGUGUACGUGUGCGUGUGUUGAGCAAGUCUAUAUUUCAGUGACUUCACAUUCAUUAAUAUCUUUGGCUUAGGAUCAUAAUCGUGACUUAAGCAGCCCCCUCCCCUGAGCAUGUAUCAGCCCAUUGUUAACAUUUGUCAUUUGUUCAUAAAGAACAUCAAAUUUCACCGAAAAAGCCAAGCCUUGUAUGAUCUGAGGUUUGUGCCUCUAAGAGGCUACAAAAUCUGCAAAUAUGCAAUUCUUAUUUAUUUUUUUAAUCAAUUCUGAGAAAAAAAAAACACCUAUGGAAAGUGUUCUUAACCACUGAAAGAUGUAACAACAAACAAAUGACACAAUACUAGCAAAGUACGUCACACAAGCCUGCUGUUAGUUUCUUUUUUCCUUUCCUGCAUUAUUUGUAGUAUCCUUUGAACCUUUUUCUGUUUUUAACUAUGUGCCGUAGUACAAAGGUAAACUGUGAAAAACAAAACCAUGAAAAAGCAUAUAUAUAUCACACCUCAACAGGUAUUUAAGAAAAGAUGAAAAAAAGACACACACGUACAACAAAGAAAUGGCUGUUUAGUUGCUGUCUGUCUGCGGCAGAAUAUGACAAUCUUAUUAGUUUCUUUGAAUCUGACGUCCUUUUCUUAGCUGCCACUCCACUAACUCUCUCCCAACAUUGACCGGGUUCGGCUCAACCUGUUCUGAAAUGUCGUAGCGAUGCUGUGAGAGUCUUAGCACACGGGCUAGGAGAAGCACCUCAGGCUACUGUAAAAUGCCUUGCUCGUAUGGUCAGCCCUUGGUCACUUGACUCAGUAAUUUUGCACCGUACUUCUGUAGGUAAGAAACUGUAAAUACAUUAAUGUUUGUAUUGUAUAUGGAUCCUGGGUUGUUACAAUAGCCUUAUUCACCUUUUUAGGAAAGUAAAUGGAAAAAAAAAGUACAGAAAAAAUGGAAUACACUUCAGUAAAACAGAGCAUACUACUUUUUUGGUAAAUAGCUUAUGUAAAUAUUGACCAGAACCCAAUAAAACAUUUUUUUAUAAACUCUUAAAGUAAGAUGUUUUGUAUAAAAUUUGAAUUUUUUGCUAUGUAUUUUAGCUAGCGCUCAAUGGAAAGCCCGUGUCCUCCCCACUCCCUCCCCUUUUGCACUGUUUCCAUGGUAAUUUGGUUUAAAAAAAAAAAAAAAGAGAGAAAAGUUGCCAAACCGACUGCUGCAUAUUUGUGCCAUAAGUGUGUACCAUAAAUAUUUAUUGAAUUAGUUUUUUCUUUUUUCUUUUUUUUGUUUUGUUUAUGAUUUAAUUUCAGUCCAGUUUGUAAGUAACACAGUAUUAUAUUUGCAUUGUUUGUUCGUCUACCCCUGGUUUUCUUUAGUCAUGUCAUGGUUACCGGGUGGCUGUAGCCCUGUUCUCUCCCUUUCCUUGCAGUAUGAGAUGGCCAGGCUGUGAAAAAAAAAGGUUUUAACAUUCAAAAAUUUAAAACAAGUUCAAAGUGAGGAUAAAUGACACACAUUCCACCAGUCUGUUACAAACUGAAAAUGUUUUUCAAUAAAAUGUUUUUCCUAUGGA